AUGGGUCUUUUCUCUAUGCAGCAUCACCCCCACCAUCAGCCCCAGGGUCAAGCACCUACUCAGCAGCAGCAACACCUGCAGCACCAGCAACAUCCUCGACCCUCGAGCAUCGUUCAUCAACAGCAUCAUCCCCAGGCCCAGUCGCAGCAGCAUCCCUCCUACGCCUCCGCUGGACAUCCCAUCGCGCCCGCCUACCAGCAGCAGAGCCAACCCACGAACCCCCAGCACUCCCAGGACGCUCUCCCAUACUACGCCCAUCCGAGUCCCUACAGCACCCCAGGCGCGACAAGCGGAUACACAUCCGCCGACCAAUCCGACAUGAUGGCCGCCGCUCAAAUGCCGAGACCACCUUACCCUCCCAUGUCUUACCACACACCGCAGUCGAACUCGCCCGCGUCGGUAGCCUCUCCUUCUCAGCAUGACCAGCACCGGAGCAUCUACGGCCAGCCGCCGUCGCAGCCUCUCCAGCAGCACAUGUACUACCAGACCCAGCAAGCGCACUAUCCGUCGAUGCAGGCACAACCUCAGCAGUCGCCUUACGCGCAACAUGCCGCCCAGACGCACCAGUCCAUGUCCUCGCAGCCCAACAUGAUGAUGUCGGCGCAGUCUCAGCAGCAGCAACAGCAACAGCAGCAGCAGCAACAACACAUGCCCCAGCAUCCGUCGCAACACAACCAGGCCCAGAUGUCCAACAGCCCGCGCGGCCAGAUGAAGUCGGAGCCCCAGGUCCCGCUGCAGCUGCAGAAGCCCCAGACGACUCCCAUGCAACACGCUCAGCACCCGCAAAACGGUGCCGCUCUCAACACUCCCACCGGAUCGACCCCGGGAGGCGUCAACCCUAACGCGGCGCCCGGCCCCAUUCCGGCCACCACGCCUUUGGUCGUCAGACAAGACCAGAACGGCGUUCAAUGGAUCGCGUUCGAGUAUUCUCGCGACCGCGUCAAGAUGGAAUACACGAUCCGUUGCGACGUCGAGUCUGUCAACACGGACGAGCUGUCGGCUGAGUUCAAGACGGAGAAUUGCGUCUACCCCAGAGCCUGCUGCCCCAAGGAUCAAUACCGAGGCAACCGCCAAGUAUACGAGACGGAGUGUAACACGGUCGGCUGGGCCCUCGCCCAGCUGAACCCUCCUCUGCGCGGCAAGCGUGGCCUCAUCCAGCGCGCCGUGGACAGCUGGCGCAACAGCAACCAAGAUCCUCGGCUUCGGAGCCGAAGAGUCCGCCGCAUGGCCAAGAUGAACACGCGGAAAUCGGUUCAGGGAGGUCCUCACCCCGGUGCUCACAUGGGCGGCCCCAGUCCGCCAGGGAUGCCUCAAGGCCCGGGUGGCAUGGGCCCCGCGGGUGCGUCAACCAAGAUGCCUGGAAUGAACAUGGGUCAUAUGUCGCACGCCAACGCUCCGGGUGGAGGGGAUGAAGUCGGUAUGUUUCACCAGAUGUGA